CGCUAUUUGUCCGAAGAGAGUCUCCACACUCGAAAAAAAUCGAGGAAAAGAAUGAUUUAACAAAAGAAAUAAGAGAAAUCAUGGCUUUUAAACCCGUGUUGUGAGGAAAGGCUUGGAAACUCUCACGCAUUGAUCGCCUCAAAGCUGGAAAGUCAGUUUUAGGAACCAAGUUAUGAGACGCCAUGGAACCGUUGGGAGUCAAACCACAAGUAGUAGAUGUGUGGAGCUUGCCAACCUGGGCUGUUUCGGAGCCUGGGACACCUCCCCUGUUACCUCCACAGCCGACUCCCAACCAUGCGAUGCCACCAUUCAGGAUAAGCAAGAGUCUCAAUAACAAGAUCUGUCUGUGGAAUGGAGACAUAACCUGCCUGAAUGUAGAGGCCAUUGUACAUAGCACCAAUGAGUCCUUGAACGAGCGGAGUGCCACUAGUGAGAGGCUCCUGUACAAAGCUGGGUCAGGGCUGAAGUAUGAGCUUGCCCACAAUAUCAAGAGCUGUAAAACAGGUGAAGUGUGUAUCACGGACGGGUACAGUCUCCCAGCACGAUAUGUGAUCCAUACUGUGGGCCCUCGGUACAACAUCAAGUAUCAGACAGCUGCUGAGAGUGCUCUUCACUACUGCUACAGACGAACUUUAGAAUGUGCGCGUGAGAAGAAAAUCCGAACAAUUGCCUUUUGCCCAAUCAAUUCUGUAAGAAGAGGCUUCCCCCCAGACCAAGGUGGACACAUAGCACUGCGCACUGUUAGACGAUUCCUUGAGCGCUUCAGCCAGCACAUGGAGAGGAUUGUGUUUGUGGUGAACAGCAUAGAUGUAAGCAUUUAUGAGAUCCUGCUACCACUCUAUUUCCCCAGAACAAUGCAGGAUGAAGACUGUGGAUGUUAUUUGUUACCUAAUGACCUUGGAGAUGAGUUGGGAGAACCUCUUAUCCCAGACAGACAGAUUCGGAUAAUUGACAAUCCACAGCAUAAAUAUGAAGCCCUAGAGGAGAGAGAGAGAGUGAGUUGCAAUCUAGAUUCUGACAAGACUCUUGGUCCGAGCUGCCGGGAAAAAUAGUGGUAUGUGUUCCCCUCGGCAGCCUGUAUGUGGAUGGAGCUUGGCAUGUGUAGCUGGUCUUAGCUAACCUUGGUGUUUGUUGUUGUUGUUUGCGUAGUGGUUUAGUUCUCUUGUUGGAUGGCAUCAGUCCUCUUUGGCUUUCUGUUUGUUAUUGUUGUUAUUUUUUAAAUAGAUAAAUAGCAUUUUU